AGAAAUUUAAUCAUUGGACCAAAACGGUAGCUUUUAUCUCUAUUUUAAAGAAGAUCUGCCCGAUCUGAAUAUCAAAUAAGGAUUUGAUGAAGCUUUCUGCAGUAUGCAGUUGGUAAUAGCCAGACGAGGCUGACAUCUUUGUCACUUCAUUCACGGUGUCUCUCAAAAUUUGAACUGUAAAAGUUUUAAAUCUCUUAUUAUGGUCUUAUUUGGUAGUGUAUAGCUAGCCAUUCCGCGUCGGACCUUUGUUGUUGUUGCCUUUUCCCCAUUCCACAUUCCUUCUUUCCACGAGAUGGAGAUUCAGAUUUUCUUAGUUUGCCGAUUUGUGUUUUUUAAAAUCCCCUCCAAUCAAAACGAUCUAUAAAUCUCACGCACACAUUACUUUAAACCCCACUUACAAAUUUUAAAUCAUAACUCCUUCUUCCUCGUGUUGUCAACAUGUAUUAAGCUAUGCUGUUGUCAGCCCAAACUGUCAAUUUUCAACUCUGGUACUCCCUACGCCCUUCUUCCGGUCCUAUCUGAAAUAAUUUCAUCAUGUUGACAGGGACUUUAAAUCACACACCACAGCACCCCUUUUCCCUAUCCUGGUACCCUAUUAAAGUGUCUUCCGACCAGGGAGUUUGGCGAGCUGGCUGUCAAAAUGCUGGACCUGAAUUAUGAGGAGUCUCACGCCCAGGCUCUGAGGUCUUUGACAAUCAAAAUGGAGGACUUCAAAGGUUACACAGCCGUGGAUCUGGCCCUGUUUGGGAAGAACAAGUAUUUCAUCGCUCACCCUUGCUGCCAGCGACACAUCUACAACAUGUGGUACGGCUCCAUUCGGAUACGACAGCAUGAUAUGGGAUUCAUUCGUCUUCCAGACAGCGUCAAGAUCUUCUUAUGUCUGACCUUCAUCUUCCCAACACUUUUCUGGGUUGAAAUUGUCGCUGAAAAGACUGGCCGAACCAGGAUGACAUCUCAGGUAGAAAAUUCAAGCCAUUCACUUCAGAAAUCGAAGGACAAAACGAACAGUAACCAGGGGGAACUUGACGAGAAUGAUCAAAAGAAAACAAAGGACGAGCUGGCUACUCUGGAAGCGACGGUCGUGGAUAAAGCUGGAGACUCUUACUUACUGAUCCAGAAGCUGUACUACCUGUGGACUGCUCCCAUCACUAAGUUCUGGAUGACCACAGUAAUUCCAUCAUUUAUUAAAAAUUAUAAACAUUGCUUUGGUGACACUAUCGACAGAUUUUUGACCUUUAGGAGGCGGGGUGCGUUGAACCUGCCGGCCAGGCAAUUUUUCAUUUGA